AUGGCGUCUCAGGACGCUACUCUCCCCAAAGGCUCACGCGUUCUAGUGACAGGGGCGAAUGGUUUCAUAGCCUCCAAUGUCAUUGACCGCCUGUUGAGCAGUGGGUACAUUGUGCGUGGGACUGUCCGCGACACCAAACCCUACCUUGACGGCAUCUUCUCCAAGGCGUACGGUGAAGAGUCCUUUGAGUCCGUGGUCCUUCCGUCGUUCGAAGACACUGAUGCGCUGGUUAGCGCUCUUGAUGGUGUUUCUGGUAUCAUUCACGCGGCCGCCGAUAUGAGUUUCAGCUCUGACCCCAACGCCGUCAUCCCGUGGGUCGUGAAUGCCACCCUGAACGUCCUUGCUGCUGCAGCAAAGACUCCUUCUGUCAAAAACUCCUACAAUGACAUGAGCGUCAAGCUUGCCUGGGAUGAGACCACCCCCGAGCCACUCAGACGUUUUGCUGUCUACGCAGCCUCCAAGACCGAAGCCGAACGGAAGGCGUGGAAUUGGAUGGAGGAACAAAAGCCGCAUUUUAGGCUCAAUACCGUCCUGCCGGGCUCCACGUACGGAAGGAUGCUCCACACCGAGAAGCCGUCAAGCAUGAUUGUCCCUUACAAGCUUCUCAAAGGCGAGGACGCAUAUGCCUUCAUGGUCGAACGUGCGUAUGAACAAGACCGCCAUCAGGACAAACACUAA